AUGACCUCCAUGUCGAUCGCAACCCCCGCCGUCGGGCUGUCGGCUCAGGGAGCCGUUAGCAAGAAGGCCAACCAGGUCAGCUUCCUCAACGGCAGCUCCCUCGUUUCCUCCCUCGAGAGCAAGGCCGCUGUCCGCGUGUCUCAGCCCACUAAGGCCGCCGUGCGCGCCAGCGUUGCUGCUGCUCCCAAGAAGAAGGAGCACCGCAAGAACGAGGAGGGUGUUCAGGUUAACCUGUUCAAGCCCAAGACCCCUUACACUGGCCGGUGCCUUCUCAACACCAAGAUUGUCGGCGAUGACGCUCCCGGCGAGACCUGGCACAUGGUGUUCAGCACUGAGGGCAAGAUCCCCUACAGAGAAGGUCAAUCCAUCGGCGUUGUUCCCCCCGGUCUUGACAAGAGGGGCAACCCCGAGAAGCUCCGCCUUUACUCCAUUGCCAGCAGUGCCCCCGGUGACUUCGGUGACUACAAGACGGUGUCCCUGUGCGUGAAGCGCCUCGUGUACGUCAACGACAAGGGCGAGACUGUCAAGGGUGUCUGCUCAAACUUCCUGUGCGACCUGAAGCCCGGGGAUGAGGUUAAGAUGACUGGCCCAGUCGGCAAGGAGAUGCUCAUGCCCAUCGACCAGAACGCCACCAUCAUUAUGCUUGGAACUGGUACUGGCAUUGCUCCCUUCCGCAGCUUCUUGUGGCGCAUGUUCUUUGAGAAGCACGACGACUACAAGUUCAACGGUCUCGCGUGGCUGUUCCUUGGUGUGCCGACCAGCAGCUCUCUUCUCUACCGCGAGGAGUUUGAGAAGAUGAAGGAGAAGUUCCCCAAGAACUUCCGCCUGGACUUCGCUGUCAGCCGCGAGCAGACCAACGCCAAGGGCGAGAAGAUGUACAUUCAGACGCGCAUGGCUGAGUACGCCAACGAGUUGUGGAGCCUGUUCAAGAAGGAUAACACCUACACCUACAUGUGCGGACUCAAGGGCAUGGAGAAGGGUAUUGAUGAUAUCAUGACCUCCCUGGCAGAGAAGGAUGGCAUCAACUGGCUAGAGUACAAGAAGCAAUUGAAGAAGAGCGAGCAGUGGAACGUGGAAACCUACUAG